GGUGAAGUGGUAUGUUCCUCUCCAGCAGCUGAUACCAUCCAUCCUAAAAAUAGAGUCAGUCACUCAGACAGCCACAGACAUACACUGAGCUCUCUUUAUUCAGUUCUGUCUUCUCUAAAAGUAAAGAAAACCACAGUUUCUAUUCACUAUUUAAAACAUUUACACAGGAAACUACAAGAACAACUCUACGAGAAGUCAAAAUGCCAAAGAUUGUGAGACCAGAGAAUUGUCAACCAGCCAGAACACUGUGGUAUGACCGGAAAAAAUAUGUGACUAUCAACUUUGUGGUUCAAAACCCAAAAGAUGUUCAAGUAGAUGUCCAGGACACAAAAAUUAUUUUAAGCUGCAAAGAUGUAGAUGACAACAAUAUCUACAAUGAGAUUGAAUUUUAUGACAGAGUAUAUAAAUCUGAUUCAAGGGAGAAAGUCUUGGACCGAACAAUUAAUGUCUUGAUAAGGAAAGUAAAAGAAAAUGUGGCAUGGCCUCGACUCCAGAAAGAUCUCGCAAAGCCAGCAUGGCUGUUAGUAGACUUUGAUAACUGGAGAGACUGGGAGCAUGAAGAGGAAGAAGGCAUGGCAGAAUAUGAGCAGUAUGUUGAUAUGCUUAAUGAAAUGAAGAACAAAGGAGAGCCUCCUGCCAUGGAUGACCUGGACGAUCUUAGUGACUGAAGGAGCACUAAGAUGAGCUUUAAAAAUGUUAUAUCUGCAGUAAAAGUCAAUUGCCCUGAUAAAUUUGCAAUAAACCCUACUGCCAUUGACAAUGUGAGCUAGACAUAUGUAUGCGUGUGUAAUGUGUAUGACUUAUGGAUGUAUGUAAUAUGUAACUGUCUUUUUUAACCUUUGGUUUUCUUUACUUGUAAAACAAAUCAUAUUUGCUUUGUCAGAAACCAAAUUAAACAUCUUUUUUUUUCUAUUUAUGAUUUUAAAAAUGCAACUAAAAAAUUGUUUAUGAAUUUUCAUAUACUGUGUAUGUGUGUAUGUUUUCUACAUUAAAGAGUUUGAAAUUUGUGA